UUCCAGUUUCCACUGUCAGAAAAGGGCCGAGUAUAUAACAGUGUCACAGGCCCAUUUGGGAUCAGUACUCACUAAAACAGGUCUCGAACAAGAAGAGGGGUUUUUAUUUCCAGCUUCUAGGGUUUUACGCUCUCUUUCCGUUUCCAGCUAAAUCAUGAGUCGUCUUCCUGAGGUGAAGUGGGCCCAGAGGGAGGACAAGGUUUUCCUUACUGUGCUUCUGCCCGAUGCCAAGGAUGCUAAGGUUAAGCUUGAGCCUGAAGGUGCGUUCAUCUUCUCUGCUAGUGCCGGUGCAGAGAAUCACCAAUAUGAGCUCAAACUCGACCUUUUCGACAAGGUUAAUGUAGAGGAAAGCAAAAUAAGUAUUGGAGUGAGGAGUAUUGUCUGUAUUGUGGAGAAGGCAGAGAAAGUUUGGUGGAGUAAGCUACUGAAAGGAAGUGGGAAGACACCGCAUUAUGUCAAAGUAGAUUGGGACAAAUGGGUGGACGAAGACGAGGAUCCUCCAGCAGCAGGUGCUGAUGACAUGGGUAUGGGAGGCAUGGAUUUCUCGAAAUUUGGUGGCAUGGGAGGUGAUGAUGCAAUGGGAGGGAUGGGUGGACUGGGUGGUAUGGGUGGAAUGGGUGGAAUGGGCGGGAUGGAUUUCUCAAAACUUGCUGGCAUGGGAGGUGAAGGUGGAAUGGGUGGGAUGGAUUUCUCGAAAUUUGCUGGCAUGGGAGGUGAUGGUGCGAUGGGCGACUUUGAUGAUAGUGAUGAUGACCAAGAAGUGUCCAAGCCAGGAGAUUCAGAUGCUGGCAAGAGUGAAGCUGAUUCCUCAGGAGAGAAAAAGGAAGCUACACCAAGCACAUGAUUUCCGCGUUUUUUUUUUUUUUGGGUUGGUUUACAUUACUGAUACCCGCGUCAUGGUUGAAGCCAGUGGUUUUUCCAGCAUUAGUUACUGUGUGUGUUUGAUCUAACUAUGUGAAGCUAUUCUGCUAGAUCAUGCUUAUAGACUGACAGAUGCUUAUGUAUGUGAACUAUGGAUUUUACAAGUCAUUUCUUUAUCCCUUUAGAUUGAUCAAUA